UUGCUGUUGGCUUCGUUACUUCAACUUACCUUAGUCGGCAUCACGCCCCCAUGCCUGCGCCUCUAUUAGUUAUUAUAUGGGCUCGAAGAAACAUGCGCGCCCCCUUCUUCGAGUUUGCCUUUUUUUUCUUUCUUCCCUUUCUUUCCCUUUCAUCAUUUCAACUUCAAUCAAGAAAACAAACAUUUAAAUCCCAUACUCGAACUAGUUAGUCAUAACGAAUCAUCCUGAUUUAUAUACCUAUUUUGUACCAUCUUAAAGCGUUCUGUUUCUUUGCCCCUGGUUCCGCUUGGUGUUAGUUUAUUUAGCCCCAGUCUUUCUCAUCUGCUGCAUCCCAACGCCCUUUCCAUCUUUUUGACUCAUACGAGGCGCUCCGACCCCCUUUCCAAGCGGCAAUUACCAUUCGCAAUAGCAACUGCCUAUCCUCAUUACUUAUCUUGCCUCAUCCGCACAUCAUCUACCUGCUUUGCCAUACCUACCUACCUACUUUAAACAAGUCAGCUUUAAAGGAAUCUUUCUCAUCAUCAACAAAGGAGUACCUGACGACAUUCCUGUUCCUUCUUCUUACUCGACUGUUUUCUCUCACAAAGAAAGGCGCCUCCCUGCUAUUCUGUGUCAUACAUUCCAGCAGAAGAGUCUCGUGAUUACAGGUCCAGCUGUGUCACGCAAGCAGCUCGUCGUUAUUCUCGAGUUCUUUGCCACCCCGUCAUCGACUUUGUCUCUGUUCAACAGAUACUUACGACCAUCAAUUUCUUUGUUCCAAUAACCCUUCCGGACUUCAUACCACUUAAUCCCUAAUACUUCCCCCAAUUUAUCGGCAAACUUGGACUGGCAUAACCCUCCGAAAUCACCUCUCCCAAGCAAAUAUACAACAUCCCGUUAUACAGUAACUUAUCAGGAACUUCGUCAAGCCGACACCAAGGCACCUCAGGAUCCUCGCCCCUGUCGAUCUCUUUGGACAGAAUCUUUCCUUGGAUAUUCCCACAUUCGACUGGAGCAUCCCCAGUAACAAACCACAUAACCAUGGCUACCAUGUUUGAGGCGCCUACCCAGUACGAGCGUGACAUUCGCGGCGCAAGCAAGGAAUGGCGUCGUGGAAAGAACUCAGCAGAGAAAUGGGCAAUUGGCGCCAGGCCGCUAGCCGGCGUGCGCUGUGACAUGGUCACUGGCGAACUUUCUGGAGGUAACGAGGGCAUGCUUGCCAAGGUCCGGCCGAGGAAGAAGCACUCUGACUACCCCAGCCGGCUGAAGAAGGGUGGGAACGUCGGCAAAGCAACGCGCGGUAACCCAGAUUACCGCCACGUCAAUGGACGUGCGACUGGCAGACUUGGCGCACAAGGAGAGAUUGAGGAGACAUCUAGGUCAAUACUAGAUCUGCUCGUUCCUCAGACUGCCUUCCGAGAUGGCAUCGAGGGCGUCCUGUACAGCUUUGAUACUGCCGAAACCCCAGGUCUGCGUGCGCCAGUUGGCCUUGACUUGUACGUCAAGACAAAUCCCAAGACGACCGAGAGGUUCGUCGAGAAGGAGUACGAGAUUGUGGACACCAACGGUGAUCUGCUAAAGGGCCGCAAGGCCCGUCGGGACUUGCGCAAGUCAGCCGGUGGCCCAAGUGUUGCUGAGAGGCCUGUUACGGUGUCGACAGAAAUCGACGACGACGAUUUUGAGCUCCUGUGAGAGCAAAUCAUUGCGGACGAGCAUUCGCAGGCGUUUGGAUUUUUGUCAGCUAGCAUUUACGACUCUCGUACUCAUGUACAACCUUUCAUCAAACCGCCAUUUGGCAGCAUUCUUCCUUUGUUUUCUGCAGGGCGACGACCCUGGAUCCUUUUGUCACUUUCUUCAUUUGGAGUUCUCGGAGUCUGGCGUCGAUGAAAUCCUCCGGUGCAUGCACGAUUAUUCAUGCACCAAACAUUCAUUCCUGGGUCUGCUUUACGCUUGACAAUAGCCUACCGGCUGGGAUUGGGCGGUGCGGUUCUAUUUGGGUUCCUAAGCGUCGAUGACACGAUGGGCUGUACAGGUCACAGCAAUGUACACCAACCUGGUUUGUGUUAGAGUGGGAGUUAUGAUUAUUUGACAGUAUAUGUCAUUGUUGUUUUGCUUGACUGUUGUCGUUGGGGGGAGACUGACUGUUCAUAUAGUGGAGCUGGGAAGGUCAAGGUGGGAUUGUGUCAGCGAAGGACAUUGGGUUCAGUUGUCGCUACUAGAAUUUGCAAUGUGCAAGGCCAUGAAGUUCGCCGCUUCAGCUGCCUGCUGUCAAUGCGAACCUGAUUGCCUUGGUCACAGAUAAUAUUGCUCAAUCAUUUACAAGUGUGACGACGAAUGGAACUGGAGCUGCCAAGUUCCUAUUUAGACUUUUUUUCGGGAUGAUGCUUGAUACGGCGCCAACUCUACUCCGGUGGAUCACAAAGGGAGGAAGGGAUAUUACCGCAAGGCUCAAGAACCUGUGAUUGUCGG